AUGCGGUCCAAGAACAUGGACAAGCUGAUAGCGGCCGUUCAGGCGCGGGAGUGCUUGUGGGACAAAAGUUACAGGGGCCACCGUAACCGCUUCAAGCUGGAGAGGUACUGGAACGAGGUCGCAGCGGAAGUCGGGACCACCAGCCUGAACUGCCGCAAGCGAUGGAAGAACCUCAAGGACCAGUGCCGGAAGGAGAUGAAGAAGAACCCCAACGAGUCCGAGUGGCCACACUUCCAGAAGCUGAAGUUCAUCCACCACCAGUUCUUGGCCGAAGACGAGGAGGGCGACGAGGACACGACGGACGAGGUCUACAACGCCCUGGACGAGUCGAUAAAGCGGCCGAAGCUCGGCUACACGAUGAGGAAGAAGCUGCUGAUGAACAAACGGCGCACGAUCGACGUGGACAUGAGCAAGCUCAUAGACCUGGUGCGGCCGAGGGACCUGAUAUGGAACAGGCAGCUGAAGGGCCACCACAACUGGUACAAGCUAGACGAGAGCUGGAAGGAAAUAGCCCAGGAGCUGGGCGUAACGCGCGACGAGGCGCGCCUCAAGUGGAAGUAUCUCCGGGACCAGGCGCGCAAGGAGGUCAGGAAGCAGGGCUCCGAGUGGGAGUACCUGCCCAAAUUACAGUUCCUCACCAACCAGUUCAACGACUACGAGGGCAACGAGACCACCGACGAGCCCUUCCCGCCCGAGUACGACGCCGUCGAACCGCCCGCGUACUACGCCGAGAACGAGCCCACAGUCAAAGAGGACGAGUUCGACGAGUUCGACACGAAGCCGAUCAUAAUGGAGACGGACUUCUACGACGACGAGGACGAGGCUCAGAGGAGCGCCGCCGGUGAAACCGAGCCUAAGGAUGAGGAUGUGGGCUUCUUCAACAGCCUGCUGCCUCACGUGAGGAAGCUCGGCCCUGCGAAGAAGCUGAUGCUGCGCAUGAAGAUCCAGGAGCUGGUGUACAAUACGGUGUACAGCGAGAAC